CAGAUCAACGCACACAUCGAAAUGAGCUGCUGUGCCUCAGGACAUGAAUACCAGGGUUCGCCCGAAGGUAAAAUGGCACUCCAACCUGCCACACACGACCCCAAGAAGGCCUUGAUCCUCUUGACGGACAUGUUCGGCUUAACGCUGAGGAACAACUUGUUACUGGUUGAUGACUUCGCAAAGAAAGGCUACCUGACAAUUGCCCCUGACUAUUUGAAUGGCGACCCCGCGCCUCCGUAUGCUAUGAACAACCCAAACUUCACCUCAGACAUGGUGAAAGCUUGGGUUCAAAAACACCUGCCUCCUGUGACCCGUCCCCCCGUCGACAAGGUGGUGCAGGGGCUGAGAGACCGGGGUGUGACCAGGAUUGCAGUCACUGGCUACUGUUUCGGCGGUCGUUACGCGAUCGAUCUCGCGUGCGAUAGGGUAGCAGACGUUGUUAUAGUUUCCCACCCUUCGCAGCUUGUGAUUCCGACAGACUUUGAGACAUUGGUACAGAAAGCCAAAGCGCCGCUCCUCCUUGAAAUGGGCGACAAAGACGUCGAGAUGCCUGUACAAAAGCAAGAACAAAUCGACGCCAUCCUUGGUGACGGCAAGUACGCUCCCGGGUAUAAACGCGAGUGCUGGCCCGGGUGCUCCCACGGAUUCGCGGUCAGGGGAGAUCCCCUUGUCCCCCAAGAAUUCGAUGGCAAAAAGGGGUCAUUCGAUAGCAGUGUUGCAUGGUUGCGGAAGUAUUUCUGAAGUGAUCUGUCCCUAGCAUUGUUAAUGUUCUAGGAGACAAUUUUUUGCGAAUUGUACUUGUAUGCGCAAAGGUCGUACGUGGAAAGUAGGCACUACGUCUCGAGAUUUCAUGUCGAUUGAUUUUCAAACCUGGCAUCACGCCCACUGAUCAGGACAGGUGGAUG